CCUACUCGUAACCCUAACUUACCCCGUAAUUUUGCCUCCAUCAGGAAUUGGAUCGCUCCAUAUCCAAGAGCUAGCGUCAAUGGAACGAAGCAAAAGCAGAGGUGAAAGUUUGAGAAUCGGAGGUUAUGUGAAUGAAGAUAGGAUCAAUGAGUUACCUGAUGAUUUGCUUCUGAAGAUAUUGUCAUUACUUGCGACAAAAGAUGUUAUAACCAUGAGUGUUUUGGCUAAACGAUGGAGGUAUCUUUGGAUGAUGGUGCCUAAUCUAAAGUUCAUUUACAAUCCCGAAAAUGGUCUAGAGAGGUUUUCAGAUAAUGUCCGUAGGUGUUUGCUUACUUAUCAGGCUCCGGUUUUACAAAGCUUGCAUCUCGAUAUCACUUUAAUUAGUGAACCUCUCGAUAUCAGUUUAAUUAGUGAACCUAGCAUGGAUAUUGAAAUAUUGAUGGAAACUAUGUUUGGACUCCAUGUGCGCGAGUUAGUAUUCGAAGCUUACUCUAUCGAGCCUUUCAAACUUCCUAUAAGUUUGUAUAACUGGGAAACACUAGAGACCUUGAAGCUUGGUAGUUCCAUUCUUGUAGAUGUCCCUUCUCCUGUUUUCAUGAAGUCCCUUAGAACUCUACACCUUACCCAUGUGGACUUCAAAGGGGAUGAAUCGGUUCUCAACCUGUUAUGUGGCUGUUUUUGUCUUCAAAAUUUGGUUGUUGAUCGAAUUGGAUGUGAUAAUGUGGACACUUUCACUAUUUCUGUGCCAUCCUUACAGAGGCUAACAAUUAUUGUUAACGAUUUUUAUCUACCAUAUGUGAUAAGUGCUCCUUCACUGAAAUACUUGAAAAUUGAAGGGGGUCUUCUUCUCAGGUCUCGUCUGAUUGAGAAUGCCCCUGAUCUGGUUCAUGCACUGAACAAUAUUCUGGCAUCAUUCGAUUCAUUCAAACUUCUUGCUUUGAAGAUACCACCCUCGGAGAUAACAUUUCCUACGGGUAGCAUCUUUAAUCAGUUGGUAUGUUUGGAGUUGUGUACAUAUAGAGUUGGUUGGUGUAAUCUACUUACGGCCAUGCUUGAUAGCUCUCCUAAUUUACGAGUCCUCAAGCUCAUCGGUCUUGUUUCUCCUUGUUUGUCGCAGCAAAAGCAAGAUUUUGAAGAUUUUGUGUGGACUCAACCAAAGAAUGUUCCUGAAUGUUUGUUGCUCCACUUGGAAACAUUCGUGUGGAGAUUUUACAAAGGGAGACUAGAAGAUGAGAAAGAGGUGGCGAAAUACAUCUUAAGGAACGCAAGUUGUUUGAAAAAAGCAGUUUUCUCCAAACUUUCAAUUAUUCCGGAAGAGAGAGUUGAGAUAGUCAAAGAAUUGGAACGUGUGGUCAGGGCUUCAAAUACUUCAAACUUGAAUAUAAUUAUUAACUAGUCUUUGUGAUCGCAUGCAAGUUUUUAAUUUCUAUCAUGCUGUGUCAUUGGUUUCUAUAUAUCGGUU